UUUUCAUUCCGAAAUAUUUCUCAAACCUCAACCACGCCAAAUUCAACCUCAGACUCGCAAUGGGAGAAUCGGCCGCCAACCUCACUACCUCUCUACUUAUCUUCUAAUUGGCAUCCAUGUACAUAUUUCGCAUAUAGAAUUCAGAUUUUUACCACCAUGGAGACCCGCCAUAUUGCUCGGUCCAUAAAUCUCCUCUCCUCCUCUCGCCGCUCCAUUCUCCAGAAAUGCCCUCUCUCCCGCUCCUCGACCUCAAUUGCCGCGUUUACAAGACCAAUUAGCACCUCAGCACCCCUCAGUGCAUCCGAACAAUCCACUACUCCCUCUCAGCCAGCACCUGAAGGCGGAUCCAAUUCGCCGCCGCAACAAUCCCAAAGGCAACCACAACUUGGACAAAACCAACCGGUCAAACCCUGGUCGCCAGGCAAUAUACCGAGGGGACCACCUGGAGGCCCAGCUUCCCGCAGCGCCACUAGCAGUAGUAGUAGCAAUAAUGAUAGCCUCGCCCAAGUCACCGACAUACUAAAUAAUUUCAUCCCCCGCUCAAACCACCCGCGACAGGCUACCAACCCCUUCCAACCGCGCACGCCACAAGACGCAGCGAUGUACAGACAGGUGCGCGAUGCAGUGGGCCAGUCGCAAAAACUCCGGGUACCCACCGUCAACAUGCGUCUGGGCCCUGAGCUGGGCCGCACCGUCGCCGUAGACCCGAAGGCAGGCGUUGAUGUCGCAACGGCUUUCCAGAUGAUGGAGACGAGGGUUCGGCGGAAUAAGGUCAAGACUAUGAUGAUGAAGCAGCGGUUUCAUGUUAGGAGGGGCCAGUUGAAGAAGCAGUUGAGGAGGGAGAGGUGGCAGAAGCUGUUCAAGAUGUCGUUCCAGCAUACGGUUGCGAGAUGUGAGAAGUUGAGGAAGCAGGGGUGGUGAUUGGUUUUGGGAUUGGGGAAUGGUGUUUUAUGUCCUGGGGAGAGAGGGCCACGACCCACUAGAAUGAUAGAGAUGGGUGGUGUUUUUGCUUCUUUCUUGCUUCUGAGAAUUCAUGGGUUUAUAUUGGGUUUUGUGGAGAGUAGGAUAAGGUGGAAUUAGAGGGAUCUCAGAUAGAUGUGUGUAAGGAUACUUUCUGAUGUAUUAGUACUAUUUGAACUUCAAUUGCAACUAUUUUGUGUAAUUUCAUCGUGUAUAUAAGAAAUAUUUUGUUUUUAAAGACUAAAUUCAAAUAUCGCUGUUAUUUGAGAUUUGUUUUAUACACACUAUUAAUUGUUAUAUAAUGAUUAAUUGUAGUAAGUGAAUUUUACAAUUAUU